AGUUUGGUUGGCUUGGUGAGUCGGUCUCGCGGGCGCAGGCGGAACAAACUCAUCGGGAGUCGACCAUCCUUCUUCCUCCGCUUUCUCAAUUCUCACCCUCUGCGUUUCACGGCUGCCUCUCUAAUCAACCGCGGAGAGACCUUGGGCGCAGAUUCUCCGAAUUGCACGUUGGUAUUGAGAAGAAACAGAUACACUUUCCUGUUCGAUUUCUGGUUGGGACACUACCACAAACACUUGAAGCGCGAGGUUAGUGUAUCAGCCCUACAGUCCGAAAGGAAUGUCGUCCAUCUACGUGCUCGAGCCGCCGACGAAGGGCAAGGUCAUCCUCAACACUACUCACGGGCCACUGGAUAUCGAGCUUUGGCCGAAGGAGGCGCCUAAGGCCGUUCGGAACUUCGUACAGCUUUGCCUCGAGGGCUACUAUGAUAGCACCAUCUUCCACCGUAUUAUUAAGGGCUUCAUCAUUCAGGGAGGAGAUCCUACUGGAACUGGCACUGGUGGUGAGAGUAUAUAUGGGAGUGCAUUUUCUGACGAAAUUCAUUCUCGUCUGAGGUUCAACCACAGAGGCUUAGUUGCAUGUGCAAAUUCCGGUGCACCACACUCCAAUGGGAGUCAGUUUUUUAUGACUUUGGAUAAAAGCGACUGGCUCGAUCGAAAGCAUACCAUUUUCGGAAAGGUCACGGGAGAUUCUAUAUACAAUCUCCUUGCCAUUGGUGAAAUUGAAACGGGUAAGGACGAUAGACCAUUGGAUCCAAUCCCAAAAAUAAAAUCAGUGGAGGUUUUGUGGAAUCCCUUUGAUGAUAUAGUUCCGAGAGCUGUGCCUAAAGCUGUCAACCAUUCUGAAUCCGAUGCUGAAAAUAAGGAUUCAAAAUUAAAACCCGUGAAAAAGUUGAACUUGCUGUCAUUUGGAGAUGAAGCUGAAGAAGAAGAGAAGCAGCUUGCAGCUGUGAAGCAAAAAAUUAAGAGUAGUCAUGAUGUGUUAAACGAUCCUCGCUUGCUAAAGGAGAAUCAACAAAUGGAAGAAUCGGAUAUUAACCCUCAAUAAGGGCACGCCUUGAAAAUUUUCAGCAUCAUAGUUGUGCAGUUAUAAUCUUUGAGGAUAAAAUUUAUCCGACGCCAGUGCCUCGAGAGAACUGCAACUAUCUGUGAGAGAAGCACUGGGUUCGAAGAAAGAAGGGAGGAAGAAAGCUUCAGAAGCUGGAGUUUCUAACAAUGAUGAAGAUGAUAGUGAGGAUGAGGCCAACUUUGAUUCACGAAUGCGUCAGCAAGUGCUUAGAAAACGUCAAGAACUUGGAGAUUAUCCAUCUAGCCUUAUGCAAACUGGAAGCUCCAACUCAAAAGGUCAUGACCUUGCUGCUUCAAGAUCAAAUGCUGAAAGCACUGAAGAUGAGAAACGAAGGGUGGAAAAGCUGUCAUUAAAAAAGAAAGGAAUGGGAUCAGAAGCUAGAGCUGAACGCACGGCUACUGCAGAUACAGACCUGCAGUUGUAUAAUGAAGCCGAGCGUGGAAGACUCUUGCAAAAGCAGAAGAAGCGAAGAAUUGGAAGGCGAGAGGAUGAAGUUUUAGCUAAACUGGAGAUGUUUACAAAGGCAAUUUCGGGGAAAGCUACUGCAUCGAAUGGCGAGGCUGGAGAUGCUAAUGAUGAGGAUUUGUCAGACUGGAGCUCUGUACAACUGAAAUUUGCACCUGAGCGUGGGAAGGAUAAGAUGUCACGAAAAGAUGACCCAGAUGACUAUGUUGUGCAUGAUCCUCUUUUGGAGAAGGGGAAAGAAAAAUUCAAUCGGAUGCAAGCAAAGCAGAAGAGACGAGAAAGGGAAUGGGCUGGUCAAUCUCUAACUUAAUCGCAUCUCUGCUACCGGUGUGAGCUCGAUUGUAUGCUUUGCAAAUGUAUGUGGAGAUGAUAUAAUCUUGGUGGGAGCUGUCCGUUUAAAGUCACAGAUUGCAUCAACAGAUGGGCUCACAACUGUCAGUUUAACAAGUUUUUGCAGCUUCUACCAUUAGUCGUGUGAAGGAGCGCAAUAGUAGAAUCUAUAAAAGAAUUUGAAAAAGGUUUGGGUAAAAAAUAGACAUUGCCCUAGAAUCUAUAAUGAAUUUUAGAGACGCUAUGGAAUUACUCAUUGGUUGUUGUAUCUUGGUCGUCCUCUUUCCUAUAGAUGCUUCAACUUUUUUCCCGUGUACUUUCAUUUUAUUUUACACAUUUGUGCUCUUCUGCCCAAAAACGAAAGUAUCAAUGUAUCAUAAAUGAUAAAACAGAAAAAAAGAAACGCAAGUAUCAUAAAUCAGACAAAACAACUUUUAAUGUGGUGGACAAAUAUAGCCAUUUGUUAGUUUCAGAUCAUGCCAC